CACGUUCCUUGUGAUUUUGACCGUUGCACAUUUGUUCGGCGCCCAAAGGAGGAGGAUAGCCAACGUGGGUCAAAACGCGCAGGCCUCGUCUCUGCAGGACGUCAUCACCAAUAACGUGUGUGUUGCUCCCUACAAGAACGUUGGCUUCCAGUCGUGCGGUUAGCCACAAAGAUCAGACAGUUUGAUCAAGCGACAAUAUGCCAUCCAUCGAAACCACAACUCAGCGUCUCCGCAUCGAUGAUGGGACGAAUCUCAGCAUUCACAAACCUAUACUUAACGUAACAUCUCUUUGGACACCCAAAACACCUCUCGUAGCAAAAGUCUCUAUCUUUAUCGUCAACCCAUCGUCCAAAUCUUACUCGAUCUCAACGCCGUGGACAACAAGUGACGUAUGGUCCGUUUAUGAUAACGAUGGUCAAGACUGUCCGUUCAGAGACAAGGUUAGCAGCCAGCAAUGGGUGACAAUCCCACCGGGGGAGAGUGUGGUAGAGGCUAGCGCAGACUUGGAUGAAUUAUAUCGGAUCCUCAAUCCGGAGGACAUAACAUUGCCGGAAAUAUUCUAUAUAAAAGCAAAGUUUACCGCAGAGGUUAGAAAUGAGGACGGAGAUCAGGUUGGGGAGGUCGAGUUGGAGACAGAUGAUGCGAUGGUGAGAGUUGAAGGUGCAUAAGUAGGUCGGGUUUAGCAUUCGGCCAAUCAUGUGCAGUCUACGUUUUUGCAUCUCAAAUUGCUUGCGCUAUUUGCGACUUUCUUCAUUGUGCGUAUAUUGUUUGUCUACGAACAUGAUCGGUUUCCACA